UCCUGCUUUUUGCUGGGCUUGGGAGGUCCUUCUUUGGGAUCUAUUGGUGGAAGAAGGGGGUUCAGUUGGGUGCAGAUCGCUGUCAGUGUAACCGAUAUGUUAUCCCACUCCCGGUGUCUCACACGUUUUUUUGGUCGUUCGAUCUCUGCCCUUCGGCAGGGUAAUAAUGUAUUAGCAAGACGAGCUGCUUCAGGCAUAUCAGCUUCUCCAUGUGUCUCCAUUAAGGACAGUCCGAAAUAUGAUGGCAGGCCCAGCAUCUUUCAAAUCAGAUACUUCAAGACCACUGCUAUACACAGAAAUGAAGUUAUUACAGUCAAAACGCCAGCCUUUGCUGAGUCUGUCACAGAGGGGGAUGUGAGGUGGGAGAAAGCUGUUGGGGACAGGGUCAAAGAGGAUGAGGUGGUUUGUGAAAUCGAGACUGAUAAGACCUCAGUCCAGGUGCCCUCCCCUGCUGCAGGAGUGAUCGAGGAGCUUCUGGUUCCUGAUGGAGGCAAAGUGGAGGGAGGCACUCCCCUGUUCAAGCUAAGAAAAGGAGUUGAAUCUUGCACUGUGGUUUCUCACUCCUCAGAUGGCCCUGCCAUGCCAACCACUACACCUCCUUCAGCAACAGAGGCCACUGCAGCACCUCUUCCUCCCCCUCCCCCUGCUCCUGCUGCAGUGGGACCCAUCCCCACCACCAUGCCCCCGGUGCCACCAGUGCCCACACAACCUAUCACCUCCAAGCCAGUUUCAGCUAUCAAACCUACUGCAGCUCCUGCUCCUGCUGCCACAGACAUUGCCGCAAAGGCGGGCCGGUCGGAGCACAGGGUUAAGAUGAACCGUAUGAGGUUAAGGAUCGCUCAAAGGCUCAAGGAAGCUCAGAACACUUGUGCUAUGUUGACAACUUUCAAUGAGGUGGACAUGAGCAACAUCACAGAGAUGCGGAAGGUGCAUAAAGACCCUUUCCUGAAGAAACACGGAGUCAAGCUGGGCUUCAUGUCUGCAUUUGUGAAAGCCGCUGCAUACGCUUUAGUAGACCAGCCAGCUGUGAAUGCUGUUAUUGAUGACACAACCAAAGAGAUAGUGUACCGGGAUUACGUGGAUAUCAGUGUGGCAGUAGCAACACCAAAGGGACUAGUGGUGCCAGUAAUCAGAGGGGUGGAGGGAAUGAAUUUUGCUGACAUUGAAAAAACCAUCCACGAGCUAGGAGAAAAGGCUCGUAAGAACGAGCUGGCGGUGGAGGACAUGGAUGGGGGAACGUUCACCAUCAGUAACGGCGGAGUGUUCGGCUCCCUCUUCGGCACACCCAUCAUCAACCCUCCACAGUCUGCCAUUCUGGGCAUGCAUGGCAUCUUCGACAGGCCGGUGGCUGUUGGGGGGAAGGUGGAGGUCAGACCUAUGAUGUAUGUGGCUCUGACCUAUGACCAUCGACUGGUCGACGGCAGAGAGGCAGUCACCUUCCUCCGCAAGAUCAAGUCUGUGGUGGAGGACCCCAGGGUGCUGCUCCUGGACAUGUAACAUGGGGUCUUCAACAAACGCACAAGAACAACUGAAAUCAUUCAGAAUAUAAAACGAGUCCUCAUCUCACACAGAGUGCAUACUACCGCCCGAUAUUCCUUACUACAUAUGAUUUACUGUGUUGGUUAACUAGGGAAAGAACACUUUUUGCCAUUUGGAAAUUGAAGGGUUAAUUCACUUGAAAACAAAUGAAGGAAAGGAGUUUAAAUUGCAUGGGCCAGACCAAUAGAAAGAUGAUAUUGUAAUAUGUUCUCAGCUGGGGUUCUUUUCUUGUUAGCACAAAGGUUGUCAAGUGCUUUUGCAAUUUUUAAAUUAUACAUAUAUAAUAUGUAUAAUUAAGUUAAAACUUUGUCCAUUUGCAUUUUUUCAAUGGCAAAACAAGUGAUUGUACACAGUAUAUGGUAUAUUUUCAAAUUCUCUAUGUAAAAAGAGAAUUUGAAGAAGUUGUAAUCCAUCAAAUAAACAUCAAUUCAGAAACGUCCGUUAUGUACAAGAUCUCAAGGUGGCUUUUUUUUGUACACUUUGAUAAAUGCAGAAAAUUUGCAGUCUGCCCCCCCAAACAAUUUUGAGAUUAGUUUCAUUCAAUAUCUAAGGAAAGGCAUUUGUUUAUGAUGUGUAAAGAAACAAAUAUUAAUAGAGGAAAAAGGUUUUUAAACUAAAAAUAAAGAAAAUGACUUUUUGUCUUGUCAUAAUGUUAUCUGGAUCAGCCUAGGUGCUGCACACACAUGGCUUGUAUUAUGAGGAACAUCUAGGUGGGAGUGUGGGCAAGAUGUAUGUAACUAAUGUAGCACUGGUGAAUAUGAAAGUAAAAAAAAGUUAUCAGA